UUUCAAGUGUAAAUCCUCAUGCGCCCUCUUGCAAUGCAUCUGUACUAUGGCGUGGCCGUUGCUAGGUCGCAAUGUUGCGAAGAAACAUGGCGAGUCAAAAGAGGUGAAAUUGAUGCCACGCUUGCCAUUGAAUGGCCCCUCUGGACAGCUAAGACCAGAUAUAUUGAUCGGCAAAGCUGGUGAGUUUGACUUACGUUGUGGGCCUCCGGUUUCUUCUCUACCUCGUAUCCCAGCAACUGCCAGACCCUCGUUCAGGACAGGGCACGCAGAGCGGACAGACACAAGGAACUGCUUGUCAUCCCGUCGGAGAAGGAGUGCAACACAGGCUGGAGAGCUUGCACGGGGACUUCAAAGAGUAGAUCACGUGCACCGCCUCCAGCCAUUGCCGGAAGAUGGGGGGGGAUCCUUUAUCUCAUCCAAGCAAGCUGAUGAUGAAUGGCCGGACCAAAGCAUGCUGGAAUCGCUUGGAGUGCCAGAGCACGCAGCUGCCUUGAUGGCAGGCACUUCCAGCAGCAGAAGCCUCUUCUCAACCACGCAUACAUCUUCUUGUGCAAGCCUGACAGACUCUGUAUCAGAAGCGAAAGAGCAGAGGUUUUCAAGGUCAGAUGCAGAUUUCUCGGCUUGGAACUUCCCACCGAUGCGGGUUCCGAACCACCUUUUCGGUGUCAAGGGAACGGUGCGAAGCACACCAAGGCAACUGUCAAAGGCACAGUCUCGGCGAAGCUUGUCAUCGGAGGUCGUUGUUCUAAGAGGUGAGAGCCAGCCUUGGGUAUUGGACCGCAUACGAGCUUGCUUUCAACAUUCCUUUGCGGAAGUCAUGGCUAGACUGACCGAUUUGGAGCGAGCGUUAAAUGCGCCCCAAGGUGAAGAAGACGCAGAAAAGUCAGACAAGUCACGGGGCGAAGUGAUCGUGGGCUCUCAAGCUCGUUCAAGGGGUUCUCUCAAGCUGAAUCAGGGCAGAACAUCUGCUGGCGACAUUGUCAGUGAUGCAGAGAACUUGCAGGCCGCGUUGGACAGUGCUGGUCUGGAAUCGUGGUCACGGCCAGGGCCAUCGUGCUUGCUUUCUGAAGUCAGACCAAUGCUUUCCAAGACUUCUUUGAGCACGCACUUAAACCCACUCUCUGAAUCAGCAGCUUCGCAGGACCUCGCGAAGGUGAUGGAAUCUGAAGACGGGCAGAAGGUGCCGAUGGUGCCUGAAGAAGAGAUUGCACUUUCAGGAGAUGCAGAGGUUUCAAGGAGUUUGGACAUGCUCCAAUUUGUUCGGUGGCUAUGUGGGUCAACCGUGGUUGAGAGCAAUUUGCACUUGGAGGCUGUGUGCAAUGUAUUGUCCGAGGUGCUCCAGCCCCUACAACCACCACCUGGCCAUCGGUCGUCCAAGCUAGGUGAUGGCCAUGGACCUGAUCUUGGACAAACAUUGAAGCACCUCUUGACAUCCCAGAUGGGGCAGGUCUCUGUACUACACUGUGAAGGGUCAUUGGUAGAUGCUGUGGAGCAGGGCCUCCUUGCACCUCAUGCAAGGCCGCCUCAACCAGUGCCCCAGCAGCCAACGCAGCGUCAUGACACCAUGCAGCGCGUGCAGCAACAAGGUUUUCGACAGCGUCAGGUGGGAUUCAUGCAGCAGAAGGCAAGGCUCAUUGAAAAGCAGCAAACUUUCAUCAAGGAUUUGGAGAAUCAUCAGAAGGAGCCAAAGGCGCUUGAGGAAUGUGGUGGAAAUACCAUGACAGUCGACGAUUUUCGGGUGAAAGAUGAUGAUGUCAUGCCGUGGCAAGUGGACAUUUUUGGACCAUUUCAGCCGAUGCUGCAGAUGAAGUCUGACCCGAGAGUGGAUGCGGUUGCGCAAGCAAAGGCUACUUGCAGACAGCCUGAGUCAAGGUCAUCCUCUGCGCUUUGUCAAGGCGAUCCGGAAGGAGCUUUUGCAGUGCGUCGCAAGCUGUUGAGUCCAAGUCUACGAGGAUUUGGAGCCUGUCGGAGGCAAGAUACCUGUGUCCUUUGGACUGGCAGUACAGUCGUUGGGGCUGGCCUUCAAGGCUGUCCUGCAAAUCAAGUGGAUGCAAUCUGCUAUCCGCCCUGUGGCUGGGUUCCAGCGCACUUGCUAUGUGGCUGGCAGACUGGAUGGACAAUCAUGCCCAACUCCUUCAGAUACGGCCCCACUGUGCAAACUUCAGUGCAGAUAUGGCGGGUGAAGAUCGACUUCACAGAUGGCAUGCCUUCAGCUGUGGAACGACAGGGAGAGGUCCUGGUGAAAGGUCUGGCUAUCGACUGUGCGGCUCAUGGCGAGCCCUUUUGCAUCAUUUUUUGGCCCAACGUGAUGGCGCUAGAAGGCAUCCGGUCUAUGUUUGGCCUCGAAGUGAUGGUGACUGGACUGACAGGCCCAGUCUCGGAGUUGAGCUUCUACUACCAGGUAGCGCCAUUCAGACUUGAAGACAUGCAGCACAAAAUGCUUCUGGAGGCAAGACGAUUCUCUGACCUGGCAUCACAGCCUCGUUUGUUUGUUGACUGCAGCCUUCCAAUGGAAAUGCCGCCACGACGCCUUCGGAGAGCGAGCGAGUUCCAGAGAAAGCCCCUCCUUCAGCCAAUGUCACAUCCAUCUAUGGACAUUGUUGCGGAUGGGGUGGACUUGCUUGUAACUAUCCGUGGAUGCGUUCCUGCAGUGAAAGCGGAGCUCCAUGUGGUUCGCUUUGGUGGAGAGACUGACAUUGUGCCCAGGGCUGCGCAGGCUCAACGACUACCAAAUUGGAACUUUUUAAUCCGCGUCAAGAUCCCACUCCCGCGUUCUAAGUACCAGCUUAGAAUCAAGCCGGACCCCAUGCAGGACGGAGCAUCCAGCCUGUGCUAUUCUGUGGCUUUCAACGAGUCGGUAAAGGCUCCAGCAUUGUUGGCAUCCUUGGAUGAACCGCUAGCCAGCAAAUUUGGAUAUGCACCUUUCACUUCGGAUGCUCAGGCUCACGGCGUCAUCCUGAUCAGCCCCUUGAUGUACCGAAUCCCAACUGGCAGAGCAUAUUUCCUGGUUUAUGUCGACAAGGCAUUGGCUCUGGAAAGUGACAGCAUUCAGGCACUGCAAAGCUCUUCCCGCUUUGCUCUAUUUUGCCAAUUUGACGUUUUGUGCGGUCUUUUCUGCGGGCAAGUCGAGGUUGGGAGGGCCACGAGCACGAUUCCCAGUUAAAGCUGACCCCUUCAUUAACCAAAACCAAGUGAACACAACCUUCAUGCUAACCAGGCCCGACAAGUCUUUUCUCCUCGCGGCUGAACGCGUUGUCCAGCACCUCCAAAUCGUAAGCAGCUCAGAGUGAAGUAGGGCAAGUGUCGCAGUGUGCAUUUUGAAUCAUUUUGACAUGAACACAUUCCCCCGCUUUGCACCCACACCGCAGGGUUUGAGUGGAACAUAUUUUGUUUUGCAGUGUUCAGCCCUUGCUUCAUAUGUUUUGCAGCCGCAUUACAAGGAAUUACAGUACACAAUCGCCCGAGAGACCCAUAUUUUGUUUUGAAUCAUUUAAAGCACCUUGCUGCGACCCAGAUUAAGCCUGCCGAGUGCUGGUGGAUGGAACGCUUUCAACCUUGACUUAUGAUAACACGAUCUCAGACAGCAAGGGAUCAAGAUGAAAAACGCUCAGCAACCUACUCAAAAAAAGACUCAGACAAGAAACUCAGAUUCCGACUCAGACUCAGAUUAGACUCAAAUUAGAAUCAUGCG